AUGAGUACAAAAUCAACUGAUUCGACACCGCAUUCAUCGACGGAAAAUCUCACCACAAAUCCAGAAGGCUCUGUUAAAUCGGACAAGGAUGUGAAGGAAGUGACUCACACCUUGCAAAAACUCACUGUAAAAGACGAAAAGUCACCAUCACACAUUGUUGUUGAUCAACAACAAUUAAUGGAAAACUCACAAUCAACAUCAGGACAAUCUCACGUUUUGACAUCUCAUCAGGAAGUUAUCAAGGAAAUCACCCAUGGAAAAAGAUCAAAAAGCUUAAUUCAUCAACCCAAGCCAAAUCAGGACAGCCUCAAGGCACGACUCACAUUCAAGGUAAUUACUCAAAUGAGUCGACUCAACAUCAUGACCGAAUCACUAGAGCAAAUCAAACACCAAAGUCACCGAUACACAAUCAAUGAAGCCAAUUCAAUGCUCUCAGUCUUUACUGAUUUAUGGUCAGAAUUUUCUCAAACUCACGUAGAAAUUGGAGAAACGUGUAAUGACGAUUUUUUCAAUGAACCAUACAUGAAUGAGGAUUGUUUUGAACAAGGACUCAAGACUUUGAUGGAAGCCAAGGCUCUACUCAACUCUAUAAUUGCGCAUCUCACUCAACCAACUGCUCAACCUACUCAAACAGCGGAACCGUCACUUUCCUCAAGAAGACAACUUCCAGAAAUCUCAUUGCCUAAGUUUUCAGGAGAUUACUCAACUUGGACAUCAUUUCGGGAUUUGUUUCUCUCAUUAGUAGGACAGAACUCAGAAAUCACAUCUGUUGAAAAAAUGCAUUACCUUCGUUCAUCACUCACCGGGGAAGCUGCUCAGCUGAUUGCAAAUCUACCUCUCUCAAGUGACGCAUUUAACUCCGGUUGGGAAUUGCUCACCUCUCGGUAUGAGAACAAACGAUUACUCAUCGCUUCUCAGAUGGACAAACUUUUUAACUCCAAAAUCAUCUCAUCAAAAUCAGCUAGCGACCUCAAUUCCCUGAUCACGACUACAACAGAGUCACUCAAUGCUCUCAUCUCGCUAGGAGCACCAGUCGAUCAAUGGGAUCUGGUUUUGGUUCAUUUUAUCACCCGCCGGUUGGACACUCAAACCAGGGAAGCCUGGGAGGUUAAACAAGGCUCAAGGACAACUCACCCCACUUAUCAGCAACUUAAGGAAUUUCUAACUGGACGUGCCCGUGCGUUGGAAAAUAUGCAGCUUAACUCAUCUCAAUAUUCACAGACAGUAAAAAAAUUGAGUAGCAACUCAUCAACAACUCAAAAAUCUGCACAAGCUCUCACUGUUUCUCACCAAGACUAUGGAUUUGCCUGUUCAUGUUGUCAACAAUCUCAUUUCAUCGUAGUGUGUGAAAAAUUCCGGAAAUUAACUCAACAGGAAAGACGAGAAUUCGUUAAAACUCAACGACUUUGUUAUAAUUGUUUGGGGAAACACUCAGCUCAUGCUUGCCAAAGUGACAAACGAUGUAGGGAAUGCAAUGGAAAACACCACACCAUGAUUCACAUAACAGACUCUAAGGCGAGCACAAAACAAGCUCAAGGUAACACUCAUUUUAAUAUAAGACCUAUUGUGCUUCUCGCUACUUCUCAAGCUUUGCUGCUACUCAAUUUCGGAAUCUCUCAUCCAGUAAGAAUCUUAUUGGAUUCAGGAUCUGAGUUAUCCUUCAUUUCGGAACAACUUGUUGCUAAACUCAAUCUUCCACGGCAAUACUCAAAUAUUCCAAUUGUUGGGAUUGGAGGAACAGCAUCCGGAACCACUCGAGGAAUGGUUUCAAUCAAGCUCCAAUCUACUCACUCUGAUCAAAUUCUAUUGCUUAACGCCUACAUCCUUUCAAAAUUAUCCUCAACUCUUCCUUCAAUCUCGCUUAAUGCUCAAUCCAUUCCUGAAUUUAAAAAUUUACAAUUAGCUGAUCCUCACUAUUUUCACAGCUCAAGAAUAGACAUCAUUAUUGGAGCUGAUCAUUAUGGGCAACUAUUAGAACCAGGUCUCAUCCACGGCGUAGACUCAUCACUCACUGCUCAAAAAACCUUCUUUGGCUGGGUCAUCCUUGGUCCUGUGAAGGCUACCUCAACUAAGCCCAGUCACUCAUAUCAUCUAUCAGUGAAUCAACAACUCAACGACCUCUCAGAUCUCUUGUCUAAGUUCUGGGAACAGGAGGAGGUUCCAUUCAAGGUCAAGGACUCACUCACACCACAGGAACAAGAUCAACUCGGCGACUCACUCGUCACUGCUCAACGAUGUCUAAGGUCAACGCUCAAACGAAUCUCGAAAAAUCAAGUUUAUGGGGAUCUUUAUCAUGCCUUUCUCACGGAAUACGAAAAGGAUACUCAUAUGAUUCGUGCUUCAUUAUCGGAUCAAUCAUCACCAGUCUAUUAUUUACCUCAUCACGGCGUACUCAGGGAACAAAGUACAUCCACAAAAUUGAGGGUUGUAUUUAACGGAUCAAGUUCAUCAAGCUCAGGGUACUCGCUCAACGACAUUCUUCACACAGGGGCGAAACUUCAAAGGGACAUCUCAGAUGUGCUGCUCUGGACAAGAAAGUUCCGAUACAUUUUCUCAACGGACAUCACAAAAAUGUUUCGUCAGGUCAAAGUUCAUCACCUUGACUGGAAUUUACAACGCAUCCUAUGGAUAGAUGACAAUAACCAGGAGGUACCUUAUCAACUCACGACUGUCAGUUAUGGAACAAAAUCAGCACCUUUUUUGGCAGUUCGUGUAAUUCUUCAACUUAUUCAAGAUGAAGGGGACAAAUACCCUCUUGCGGUACCAGUACUCAUCAACGGUCGAUAUGUAGACGAUAUUUACGGCGGAGCUGAUCAACUCAAGGAUCUCAUCCCUAUUGCUCAACAAACCAAGGACCUUCUCAAUCGUGGUGGCUUUCCAUUGGCCAAAUGGCAAAGCAACCAUCCGGAUUUAGUCAACACUAUCUCACCUGGACAAACCUCAUCACAAACUCAUUUGUUCGAGAACAACAUCACGAAAAUACUUGGUCUUUCAUGGUGCACUCAAAGUGACUGCUUUAAAUUCAUCUUCCAGUUACCAAGUCAAUCAUCGGAACCAAUCACCAAGCGGAUCAUACUUUCGGAAGUGGCUCAAGUAUUCGAUCCACUUGGAUUUUUAUCACCUUUCAUCAUCCGAGCCAAGAUGUUAUUACAGGAACUCUGGCUCGCAAAACUCGGCUGGGAUGACUCAAUUCCCGACGAAAUUACCAAAAAAUGGUUUAAAUUCAAAGGUGAACUUGCUCAACUCUCAUCAAUCUCAAUUCCACGGUGGCUAAAUCUCACAACAUCAUCAAUAGUUGAACUUCAUGGAUUUUCGGACGCAUCUCAAUUAGCAAUGUCAGCAGUCAUUUUCAUCAAAACAACAAACCCGGGUCUUGAACCAACAAUCAAUCUCAUCUGCGCAAAAACUAAAGUUGCAUCACUCAAAAGGAUCACCAUACCAAGGUUGGAACUCACGGCAGCGCAAUUAUUAACUCGACUCAUGGUAUACACUCAAAAGACGUUGGAUUUCUCUCAAGUACCAGUAUUCAUGUGGACAGACUCACAGGUGACAUUAAAUUGGAUCCAAAGUCACCCAUCUCGAUGGAAGGAUUAUGUGCGCAAUAGAGUUUCGUUCAUUCAAGAACAAUUACCUCAUGCUCAAUGGCGGUUCAUAAAAGGAAAGGAGAAUCCAGCAGAUUGCGCAUCUCGGGGAUUGGCAAUCUCACAACUCAAGGAACAUGCUCUCUGGUGGAACGGUCCACCAUGGUUAAAGAACUCAUCCGAUCAAUGGACAUCCCCAACGGUCAAACAAAGCAACUCAGCUCAAGUUGAAGAGCGGCCAGGACUCUCACUCAUGGUAGCAGCUAAUCCUCAAUCUCAACUCUGGGAUCUAAUAGGACGGUACUCAUCACUCAACAAGCUGCUGAGAAUCACAUCAAUUUGUUCAAGGGUCAUCAAAACACUCAAGCAAACUCCACAAUCAUCCCUGGUUUAUCCACUCACUCCUGGCGAUCUCAAUUCAUCACUUCUUUACUGGGUUCGAGCUAUUCAAGGAGCAUAUUUUUCAACGGAAUUAAACACACUCACUCUUGGCCAAAAAUUAGCAAAAUCUCACCCUCUCACCCGUUUAACUGCAUACAUUGACAACCACGGAAUCCUCAGGGUAGGAGGACGACUUAAACGUUCAAACUUAGAUGUAGAUUAUGUGAAUUCAAUGAUUCUACCAAAGGAUUCAACACUUACUCAACUUAUUAUUUUGGAAGCUCACAAACGGACCUUACAUGGCGGCACACAACUCACGUUAUCUCAUACAAGAAAAAGAUUUUGGAUCAUAGGCGGACGUCACUCAAUAAAAUCCCUUGUGCUCAAAUGUGUAACAUGUGCUCGACAACGAGGACAACGAGCUCAACAACUCAUGGGACAAUUACCAUUGUCAAGAAUUACUCCAACAAGGGCCUUUCUCAACACCGGAGUCGAUUAUGCAGGACCUGUCUCAAUCAAGGCUUGGAAAGGUCGAGGAGCAACUUCUCAGAAAGGUUGGAUUUGUAUAUUCGUGUGCUUUUCAACGUCCGCUAUUCAUUUAGAAGCAGUAACAGACAACUCAACGGAAAAAUUCAUCGCAGCAUUUAAACGGUUCACUGGAAGGCGUGGCAUCUGCAAAACACUCUAUAGUGAUUGUGGAAAAAAUUUCAAAGGCGCAGAUGCUGAACUCAAACGGAUGUUUCAAUCUGGAACUAAACAAUUCCAAAAGUUAUCUCAUCUCUUUGCCAAUGACGGAACCACUUGGAUUUUCAACCCUCCGGCAUCACCUCAUAUGGGAGGCAAGUGGGAAGCAGGCGUUAAAUCGGUAAAAUAUCAUCUUCGAAGGACAAUUGGCGAAACAACACUAAGCUUUGAAGAAUUUACGACUUUUCUUGUGCAAAUUGAAGCGAUACUCAACUCUCGUCCAAUGGAACCACUUUCAGAUGACCCUGAUGAUUUCUCCGUUCUCACACCAGGCCACUUUCUCAUUGGAGAACCACUCUUCACGAUCCCAGAACCAUCACUCAUCGAUUUGACUCUCUCACCAACUCAACGGUCAAAACUCAUUACACAAAAGUUACAAUUCUUUUGGUCAAAGUGGUCAUCAAUGUAUCUACAACGACAACAGUCCAUCUCAAAAUGGCAUUAUCCUUCGAAUGAUAUCAAGGUUGGUUCACUGGUACUUCUCACUGACGAGAGAUUCCCACCUGCAAAAUGGCCACUUGCUCGUGUACUCAAACUUCACCCAGGAAAAGAUGGACUCACCAGGGUUGUUACAAUCAAAACAGCCACCUCAAGAUAUCAACGGCCAAUUCACAAAUUAGCAAUUCUUCCCAUUCCUACGGAAGACUCAUCAUUGGAAGAAGAAUCACCAUAG